AUGUCGCUGAAUGAAGAAUUCAUUUCAGAGCUCAAAGCUAUGAUCAACGACGUUAAAACUAUCAAAACUACAGUGGAGAAGACGGAUGAAAAAAUAAAUAAUUUUACAGCUGAAAUCCUCCAGGUAAAGGAAGAAAAUAAGCAGCUAAAGGUAGAGGUAACAAAUUUAAUUAAACAAAAUCAGCAACUUGUGAUGAAAGUGAACGAUUUGGAUCAAUACAGUAGAAUCGAUAACGUGAUAAUAAGCGGCAUACCGGAAGAAGAUAACGAAGACAUAAUAAAUGUGGUCAAAGAAACAGCGAAUAAAUUGGAGGUAAACCUAAUGGAUCACGAUAUAAGUAUUGCUCACAGGUUGAAAUCGACAAGAGGCAAAAUACCACCAAUAAUCGUCCGUUUUACCAAUCGAAAUAAGAAGAUAGCUUUAAUUAAAAAUUCCAAGCGAUUGCGACUCAAACCUAUCUACGUAAACGAGCAGUUAACACCCUACACUAUGUCCCUAUUCAAAAGCGCAAGAGAUCUGAAAGAAGAAGGACUUAUAGAACGGGUAUGGACUAAAGACGGGAAAGUAUUUAUCAUGGAAGAAGAAAACGGCCUCAGUAAAAGAAUAACAACAGAAGAUGAUUUACCCUCUCCUACCCAGGAGGACAAUGCUGAAGAAAAUCAGGCCCAUCACGUAGCAGGUGUCAGCCAGCAGACACAGUCGGAAGGAGUAAUACUGAGACCCAGACAGACAAAGACGUUGACCCUGUCACAGCUGGGAAAUAAAAAUAGGAAUAAACGCAAUAAGUCGAAGACAGGAAAUAGGAAUAAAUAA